GUUUGGUGGCGCCGCUGUAGAGAGAGAGAGAGAGAGAGAGAGAGAGAGAGAGAGAGAAGAAAUGCGGGAGAUGGAGGGGUGGCUGUACGUGAUCCGAUCGAAUCGCCUUGGCCUCCACCACUCGAGCAAGCGCUACUUCGUUCUCGACGCCCACAACUCCCUCAAUUGCUACCGGUCCAUACCCACUCCCUCCUCCACCACCCAGGAUCUUAUAAGAAGUGCUUUCAUUGAUUCCUGUAUACGUGUCUCUGACAAUGGUAGAGAAAGCAUCCAUGGAAAUGUUUUCUAUAUUUUUACUCUGUACAAUACUGCUAAUCACAACGAUCGACUCAAGUUGGGAGCCAGAAGCUCUGAGGAGGCAGCUAGGUGGAUAAGAUAUUUGAUGGAAGCUGCAUUAAAGGAGUGCCCAACUAAAGGGCAAAGUGUUGUUGCUUGUUCCAAAAGAAGAUCGCUCAUUUUGAGGUUGAGCCGUAAUACAGGAAGAAGUUGUUUGCACUCCACAGAUUGGACUGCGCUCUCAUUUAAGAUCACAGAUCCGAUGUCACCUGAUGUUAUUGCACCAUCUUCUUGGACAAUAUUCGGGUGCAAAAAUGGGUUACGGCUAUUUAAGGAGGCAAAUAAUGGAGAUUUCAGUAGAAAGUGGGAUGAUCAUCCUGCUGUAAUGGCAGUAGGUGUGGUGGAUGCAACUCCGGAGAGUAUUUUCCACAUAGUUAUGUCUCUUGGUCCGUCAAGAUCAGGAUGGGACUUUUGCUUCGCUAAGGGAAGAGUGGUUGAGCACCUGGAUGGCCAUACUGAUAUUAUUCACAAGAAAUUGCACAGUGAUUGGAUGCCUUGGGGAAUGAAGAGAAGAGACUUAUUGUUGCGCCGGUAUUGGAGGAGAGAAGACGAUGGAACAUACAUAAUUUUAUGCCAUUCUGUCUUUCACCAAAGUUGUCCACCAGAACGCGGCUGUAUCCGUGCCUGCCUUAAAAGUGGAGGAUAUGUCAUCUCUCCCAUAAACCAAGGAAAACAAUCAGUUGUUAAGCACAUGCUUGCCAUUGAUUGGAAAUUCUGGAGAUCAUAUAUAUUUACCUCUUCUGCUAAGUACAUCACUAUCAGAAUGCUUGGUAGAGUUGCAGCACUAAGAGAGCUUUGCCACUUGAACCUUGGAAGCUUCGUUUGCUUUGAUUUCCCAUCAGGUGAAGUUUCAAGGGAAAUAAGACUGUCACAAAGGGAGGAAGAAGUGCAACUGGGUGGUGAGAGUAGUAGGAGUGAUGACUCUACAGAAGGGUCCAGAACAUCUCCAACUGAUUCUGCUAACACUGAUGGCUCUUUAUUUCAACUGAGUGAUGCAGCUGAUGAAUUCUUUGAUUUCCCGGAUGAAUCAGAAUUCGACCAACCAGACGUUCUACGGACUUCGGAGGCUGGCAUGCAGUCAGAGGAUCAGCAGCAGUCAAGGCUGUCAACAGCUGCAGCUCUUGUAAGGAGGUUGCAUGAUCUGGCAGUUCAUAAAGAGGCCCCUGUGGAAGAUACAGUAUCAUGGAGCUAUGGAACCACUCUCCAGAAGGACUUGAGCUGUACAGUAGCUUGCAGUUGGGCAACCGCAGAUCCUUCUACAUUUUUGAUCCGUAGUGAAACAUACUUGCAAGACCGCCAUAAGAUUAAAGCUGGUGGUACUUUGAUGCAAAUGGUAGCUGCUGAUUGGCUAAAGUCAAAUAAGCGCGAAGAUGAUCUUGGUGGUAGACCUGGGAGCAUUGUUCAGAAAUAUGGAGCACAGGGUGGGACACAGUUUUUCUUCAUUGUGCAUAUACAGGUCCCAGGUUCAACUACUUAUAGUCUUGCCUUGUAUUAUAUGAUGGAUAUCCCGCUUAAAGAUGUUCCUCUACUGGAUAGUUUUGUCAGAGGGGAUGACGCUUUCAGGAACUCUAGAUUUAAGCUCAUUCCAUAUAUAUCUAAGGGAUCUUGGUUGGUGAAGCAAAGUGUAGGAAGGAAAGCUUGCUUGGUUGGUCAAGCAUUGGAAAUACAUUAUUUCCAGGGGAGGAACUACUUGGAGCUUGGCAUUGAUAUUGGUUCCUCAACUGUUGCUAGAGGUGUCGUGGGCCUUGUCCUCGGCUAUUUAAAUAAUCUGGUGAUAGAAAUGGCAUUUCUGAUACAGGGAAAUACUGAGGCAGAGCUUCCGGAAUUUCUACUUGGAACCUGUCGGUUGAACCAUCUUGAUGCCUCAAAAGCAGUGGCUGUUAAAUCAUUGUAGCUAUAUGAUAUAUCUACGAUUCUUUAAUCUUGAUCAAAUUAUGCUAGGAGAACUGCAAAAUGAUGUACAUUUAUUUUGAGACGUGCUGGCAAAGACGACACAAUCAAAUAAGAUCUCAUUAUUCUUUUUUUUUUUAUUUCGAUUUUUCUGGACAUGCUGGUGGUGUCUUUCUUUUCUGAUGGAAUUUUUGUCAUAACAAGUCUGUGAAUUGUAAGUCUUGAUUCCUGCAGAAAUUACUUUAGAUAAAUAAAAUCAAACCUGUAAAGCUUUAGAUUCUGAAUAACACUGCAGAUCUUAUUUAGAA